GGCAGUGGCCGGCGCGUCCCGUCCGUCCCUCGGAGGCCUGGCCGCUGCCGGGAUGAGCCCUCGCGCGGCCCUGUGGCUGCUGCUCGGCCUGCCGGAGAUCCUGCAGGGCCAGACGCCCAGCCCCAGGCCGGCGUUCACGCAGAUGAGGGGCUUCCAGAAGGACCAGUUCCAGGGGGAGUGGUUCGUCCUGGGCCUGGCGGGCAACAGCUACGGGAAGGAGGACCGGGCGCUGCUGCGGCCCUUCACCACCACCAUCGCCUCGGACGGCGCCGGCCGCUUCCAGGUCUCCAGCGCCAUGAAGCGGGGCAGGCGCUGCGACACCUGGUCCUACGUGAUGGUGCCGGCCGCCCAGCCAGGGCAGUUCAGCGUGGAGAGCCAAGGCUCCCCGGAGCACCGAGAGGACAUGCGGGUGAUGGACACUGACUACACCAAGUUUGCCCUGAUGCUGUCGCUGAGACACACCACAGGCAACCGGACCGUCAUCAGAAUCAGCCUCCUCGGCAGAAACUGGAGGCUGCCGUCCACGGUGCUGGACAGGUUUGGCUGCCUGGCCUUAUCCCAGGGCCUCUCCAAGAAGGACAUUGUGUUCCCAGAUAUGACUGAUUGGCUGCCGCACCCCCAUGGCUGCUGAAGUGCGAGCCCCCCCCCCAGCCCGGCCUCGCCCUCCUGUGCUCUCCCGGGAAUAAACACCCCGUGCCUGGGAC